AUGGAUUCUUCCCGGGGUCCUUCCCGGAGUGAUAGAGGUCUGUUUGCUGUUGGCCAUGCGGGUAAGACUUCCCGAAGAUCUAAAAGGGGGGCGCAUUUUAAAGUUGACACUUCCCGACUUGAUUUAACAGAGGAUCACUCCUACGUUUUAGUGAAUGAGGCCCCAAUUAAUAUUGUUGCAGACAAUCUCGACAUAGGUGCGGAGUACGAAAUUGGGCCUAAUGAUAAUAUUGACCCAACGUGGAAGAUUGGUAGGCGGGUUGUUGAGUUAGAGCUGCUGGCUCAAAACAUGUUUUGCGAUGUAUGCAAUUCGCCCCUCCAUCUCUCCAACACACUGUGGGAGCGCAGACUUGGACUUGGAAGCACGCUCCAUAUUCAGUGCACCAACGCGGUGUGUGAUGCUGUAUGCCAAGUGGACACUGGAAAACGGGGAUCAUCAGGGGCGUUUGAUGUAAAUUCCAAGGCUGCUAUAGGUAUGGUUCAUGCUGGAAUUGGCCCAUCACAGGUUAACAAUUUUCUUGUGGAGUGCAACAUACCCCCCAUUGCUACAUCCACUCUUAAAAGAAAAGAGUCACUGAUUGGAAAGACUUUGGUGGAAGCUGCAUCAACAUCAUGCAGAGAUGCUCAAACUGAAGAAAAAGAAUUGAGUUCAGAAAAGUUACAAGCCAGUUUUGAUGGUGGGUGGCAGAAAAGAGGAACUGGUUUCAACUAUAACAGUAACACAGGACAUGCAGCUAUGAUCGGGAAGACCACAGGUAAAGUUAUUGCCUACGACGUCAGAAGCAAAUCCUGCAGAAUUUGUGACAUUCACAAAGACAAAAAAGAAACAGUUCCAAGUCAUGUAUGCCCACGCAACUGGGAGGGGAGCAGCAAAGCCAUGGAGCCAGAUAUGGCUGUGAGCAUGGCUCACAGACUCUCCGAUCAAGGAUUCCAGCUUGAUGUGUUUCAUGCAGAUAACGACUCCACAACAACUGCAAAAAUGCUUUUGGACUUCCCAAAAUUAGAGAAAAAAGAUGACCAAAAUCAUGUCAAAAAAGGGAUAUCAAAGUCCCUAUAUGAGCUAUCCAAGAAACACAAGGAACUCAAACAUGCUGAAGUCAUACCAUACAUCAUGAGAUGCUUCAUGUAUGCAAUGACGGGAAGCAACACAGAAGCAGAACUGGAACUUUCACUAAAGAGGAUCGUUCCACAUAUCUUUGGUGAACACACUGGUUGUUCUACUGUCAAAUGGUGCACAUAUAAGGAUGAUCCCCAAAAAUUCAGGUACAAAAGUCUUCCCAAUGGCACUGCCUUACAAGAUCCCACACUGAGGACACGCCUGGAGGAACUAGUUGCCAAAUAUUCAUGCCGGUCUGGAAACCUCCUGAAUUUGGGCUCCACACAAGCAAAUGAAAGUUUUAACAGCCUUGUUUCCACAAAAACACCGAAAGCCAAAUUCUAUGGCAGCUCAGAUUCAUUAAUGAAUAGGGUAUCUGCAUCUGUUCUUCAAAAGAAUGAAGGUCAUAAUUAUUUACCUAAGGUAAAUGAAUCGGCCCUUCUUUCCCCUGGCGAGUUCACCGUCAAACUGACAACAAAAUUGGACAAUGCUCGGUCAGCCCGUAAAGAAAAGGAAAAGACCAGAGAAUACAAAUUAAGAAGGGUUGAGUUGAAACGGAAAAAAAGGUUGAAAGAACAGUCAUCAUAUGUAAAGGAAGGUACUACCUAUGAAACUGAUAUUGAUCUAACCAUUAACAACAGUAGUGAUCCAGAUGUACAAACUAUACCAUCAGUAUUGUCCUUGGAUGAAUCCAAAUCUUUGGUUUUCUUUGAUUUGGAAACAACUUCUGCUUCACGUCAAAGUGACAUUACUCAAAUUGCUGCUGUUGUUAAUGGUGACAAUAUUUUUCAUAGAUAUGUCCUGCCAAGGUGUGACAUAGCAAUCAAAGCAUCAGAAGUUACAGGACUGACCUAUUCAAGGUCAUUAAGUAAGAUGUACCUCAGGGGAAAGGAGAUUGAAAAUGUGACCUCCAUCCAUUCAGCUUUGUUGGAUUUCUUAGAUUUUUUGAAAACUCUCCCCAAUCCUAUUCUUGUUGGUCAUAAUGCAGCAUCGUUUGAUAUACCUAUCCUUACAAACAGAUUGAGAGAGUUCCAGUUAUGCUCGUCAUUUGCCAAUGUUGUAAAAGGAUAUAUGGACACUCUUAGGUUAGCAAGACGCUUGUUUCCCAAGAAGGAGGUUGGAUCUCACAGCCAAGAAUCGUUGGUAAGGAAGUUCCUUGGGAUGUCGUAUGAGGCACACAAUGCAGUUUUUGAUGUGAAAGCCCUCCAAGACUUGUUUAACUUAAAAAUGAGUGCAAAGUGGUCAGUUGACGAUGUGUUCAGUAUGAACUUUUUAUCUUGUAAAAAGUCUUAUGACACCUUGGUAAGCAAGAAAGCCAUGAACAAAUUAUCAGCUGAGAAAUUGUCCAAAAAUGGUAUCCAUUUCAAUCACUUGAAACUGGCAUACAGCAGGAAUGCUAUCUCUGGAGUGAAAGUAAUUUUAUGUGAAAAUAAAAUACAGAAAUGUUUCAUUUCCAACAUUGUCAAAUGUAUUCAGAAAGAAGAGUGAUGUAUCAGAUGAAAAAUCACUUGGUUGUGUAAAUAUUUGUAUUUGUUUAAAAUUGGAUAAGCAAGAUGUAAGUUAUCUUUAGAUUCAUGAGAUAGAUCAUGAUGAAACUGCUGAUGAUUUAUUUAUUGAGAGGUUUAGUUUCAGGAGACAGAUCCUGUGCUCAUAGCUAUUGCUCUCAAUUUUAAUUUUGUGUGUCCAUUAUUAACAGUUGCUGUAUUCAGUGUUUCUCAUAACGUUUAUUUUACAUGAUCUGUAUGCGAUAAUUUAUCUUUUGUUAUCACUACAUUUGUGUUCAUACUUGUUUUCAAUUUUAUAAAAAAAAAAUAAUGAAAAAAUAUUAAAAAAAACUUUAAACCAGCCCAACCAAUUGCAAGACAGCUACAUGCUGCAUAUUAGUUAUAGCCAAACUUGAACUGAAAGUUUAUAUAAUGGUUGUGUCCGUCCUAAGCCGGAGAAAUUUCAGUCUGAUUAGAAUACGAAUGUCAUUAUCUAUACAAUAAUUAAUAAUGACACAAGUAUUUCAAUCAUAAUGGGAGAAAAAUGGUGAAGGGAGUUUUUUUUAAUUUGGUUUUAUUAUUUGACUUUGAACUCUCAUUGUAUAAAGAAUAACAAUUGUAGAAUGUGACUAGAGAUGUUGCAACUUCUGUUGCUUCUAAACAAAAUUUGGCUUCAUAUCGAAUGAAAUCAUAUGCUGAUGUACAUGUCAAUAAAAUUACAAUUUCGUGAAGACAAUAUAACUUACAUUUGUGAAUGAUCUAAACCAGUAAUCUCAAUUAUUGAUGCUAUUUUAAGUUUAUUCAUUAAAUAACUGAAUUAUA